AUGACUACAACUACCAAUACGGACCGCACGCAGAUGGUGCCAUCUCACGAUGGUCCACAUGUCUUGCCUAACAACCCAUUAUUCACCAGACUGCUACGACACGCACACCGAGGCCGCAUUGCCCUGAAGGACCGUCCGCUAGGCGUGUCCAAGACAUAUGGGGAGCUACUUGAUGCGGUGCUGGCCUUUAGGGAGGUGGUACGCGAAGCUUUGCCUUCCGAGGUGCAGCGACGGCUGAGCAACGGCGAUGAAGUCUAUGUGGGCGUGUUGGCUGCAGGUGGCUACGAGUUUACGGUCGCUGUGCUGACAGUCUUGGCGUUGGGAGCAGCUGUGGUGCCCAUGUUCCCCAUGGCGCCUGCAGACGAGGUUGUCUACUACGCUACCAAGUCGAAGCAAGUAGCCAUACUAUCCACCUCAGCGACAACAAAACUUGCUCAAGACGCGGCGCAUCGCUGUGGAAUUGUACAAGUCGGUAUUCUACCCAACCUACCUCGAAUAACCCGGCUGCAGCCACACGACAUAUCGCUAUCAUCCAACUCUCCACAAGACCCUAGAGGACCCGGCGUGGUCAUCUUCACUUCUGGAACAACUGGUAAGCCUAAGGGUGUAGUCCUACGACGUACAUACACGCACGAGGGCGCCAUCUCGGUCGGCGACAGCUAUGGCGUCACGCACACAGAUGUACUCCUGCACACACUACCAGUACACCACCAGACCGGUCUCGGAACAUCGUUCUUUCCCUUUCUCAACGCGGGCGCGUGCAUCGAGUUCCAUGGCAAAUUCGACGCAGCGACCGUCAUGCAGCGCUGGCUACAGGGCGGUCUAACUAUCUUUUCCGCCGUGCCCACCAUCUACAUGCGCCUGAAGUGGUUCAUCGAGCAGCUCCCCGAGAAAGAACAGAUUCCUUAUAAGCAAUCAGCUGGCCAGUUUCGUGCUUUCCUUUGCGGAUCAAGCGCUCUGCAGGAGCAUGUGCAGGACUUCUGGACCGAGUCCAUGGGUAGAUCCAUUCUUCCACGUUAUGGUGCGACGGAGAUUCCUGGUUGUCUUCGUGUGUCUGUUGAUCUGCAUGAUGCUCCCAAGGGAAGCGUGGGCCAGGCUAUGCCAGGCGUGGAAGUCAAGAUCUCGCCCGAAGGUGAACUGUUAGUCAAGACGCCGAAUAUGUUUGCCAAGUACCUUGAGGAUCCAGAGGCAACUAAGAAUGCCCAUGAUAGCGAAGGCUGGUACAAGACUGGUGACAUCGCACGACGUGAAGGUAACUUCUACUUCAUCGUGGGCCGCGCCUCAGUCGACAUCAUAAAGUCGGGUGGAUACAAGAUCUCAGCAUUGGACGUUGAGCGCGCAUGCCUGACGCUGCCAUAUGUAAAUGAGGCUAUGGUAGUCGGCGUCGAAGACGAGGAGUUUGGGCAGCGUGUCGGCGCAGUAUUUGCAGUUAAGGAUGUGAAAGCGUCAGAUGUCACCCUGGCCGACGUAAGGGAAAUACUUAGAAACCAGUUGGCUGGGUAUAAGCUACCGACUGUGCUGAGGGUUGUAGAGGGGGAGCUUCCCAAGGGUAAUACUGGCAAGGUACAGAAGAAGAUCCUGGGACCGCAGCUGAUUCCCAGUCCUGGAUAUGAGCAGAUGCCCGAGGUGCAGGUAUGGAAGACCCGGACUCAGGCUGGGUUGGUGCAGGCAAGACUAUAG